AUGUCCGCGCUACGAGCUUGCAAGCAGGCCCUCCCCAGGCAGCCUCUCGGGAAGGCCUUCAACGCUGCCAGAGCAUUCAGCACAGAGACACCGCCCGCAAAGGCCCAGGAACAGCAGCCCGAGAUCGCCCCUGCCCCCCCGAGGGAUGUUGUAACCGCCGAUAUACUCAGUGGUGCCCCCGGCGAACUACGUCACCGCUCAGUGAGGAUCUUCCAGCCGACACGCAGUACUACUCAAAGCGGCACGGGCAAGUCUCAUCGCUGGCGGAUCGACUGGGAUAUCUUGCCAGGCGGAGGCAGAUGGGAGAAUCCCCUUAUGGGUUGGGCUAGCUCAGCCGACUACAUGCAGGGCACGCGCUUGUCAUUCCGGUCAAAGGAGGAUGCGGUCCACUUCGCCGAGAAGCAGGGCUGGGAUUACUUCGUGCAAGAGCCCGAAGUCAAGCGAAUCCCUCCCAAGAAUUACUCCGAGAACUUCCUCUACAGACCGAACAAGCUCAGGAUCGUUCGCACGAAGUAG